CUCUUAAUAGCGCUGAUCUGCCACGAAUUUGGAAGCAAUCGGUACAGCUCCCCACUACUCAGCUUCUGUGCUAUGCUCAGCGUUAAGCCGUACACUAAGACUUGGAAGGAACCGGGCAAUUAUAAUAGCUGCUUGUCUAGUGUGAUCUGGGUUGUGCAGCUAAUCAUCUUCCACGCUAGCGCCUGUCUAGAGAAGGCGGAGCUAGGUGAUACGCUUGAGCGCAUUGAGCAGUAUUGCGGGCAGUUCUUAAAGCAGGACACCGAGACUCCUAUGGGCGAGAUCCUCGGCUGGCGCUUACUGCUCUUUACCGUCUCGAAGGAGGUCGUUGGGUCGCACCAAGCACAGUGGGAUGUGGACGAGAAGGUCCUGACUUAUAAAGACGUUGACUUGCAUAUAGAUCACGUGCCGCGGCUCUUGCUCUCCGAGUUCCAGCAGGCCCAGCACUUGCUGUACGACGAGCUUAUGUUCGGGGCCCCGAACCUCCCACGGAUGCGGGCCUGGGCUUUGAAGGACAACCUAGACGCCGACGCCUUUGGCUGGUUCUUUGGCUAG